GUUGCCAGGGCAGCGCCGCGCGCCCGGCCCGCCCCCGAUGCUCCGGCCGCCGGUUGGGGCUCGUGGGGCUGCUGUGCUCGGACCCGGGCUCCGUCCCGUGGGAGCACCGAGAGCAGGGCAGGGACGCUCGCACCAGACUCCGGCCCCGAGGCGCGCCGAGCGAGCGGUCCCUCCCGCGCCGCGCCCCGGCUGUCGCCGCGUUUCCGCCGGGCGGUGGUUCCCGAAGACCGAGGGCUGGGCAGGAGCAGCGGGCGUGCGCGCUGGUUUGUCAAUGUUGGAGUCACAUUAUGGGAUUGCUAGACAGACUCUCAGUGUUGCUUGGCCUGAAGAAGAAGGAGGUUCAUGUUUUGUGCCUUGGGCUGGAUAAUAGUGGCAAAACAACAAUCAUUAACAAACUGAAACCUUCAAAUGCUCAAUCUCAAGAUAUAGUUCCAACGAUAGGAUUCAGCAUAGAGAAAUUUAAAUCAUCCAGUUUGUCUUUUACAGUGUUUGAUAUGUCAGGUCAAGGAAGAUACAGAAAUCUCUGGGAACACUAUUAUAAAGAAGGACAAGCCAUUAUUUUUGUCAUUGACAGUAGUGAUAGACUAAGAAUGGUUGUGGCCAAGGAGGAACUCGAUACCCUUCUCAACCAUCCAGAUAUUAAGCACCGCCGAAUACCAAUCUUAUUCUUUGCCAACAAAAUGGAUCUUAGAGAUGCAGUGACAUCUGUAAAAGUGUCUCAAUUGCUGUGUUUAGAGAACAUCAAAGAUAAACCAUGGCAUAUUUGUGCUAGUGAUGCCCUAAAAGGAGAAGGAUUGCAAGAAGGUGUAGACUGGCUUCAAGAUCAGAUCCAGGCUGUGAAGACAUGAAAAGAUAGUAUUUGGAAACCUCAGCAAUUUUCAAUUCAAAGAAUAUAUCUUAAGGCAAACUAAAUACUUUAAACUUUUUAAAAGAUAUCUGUGCAUCUAAGAAUACUGUAUAAUCAUCUUCUUGCAUUUAUGGACUCAAUGAGCUUUUUUAAGAACAUAGGACUUCAGGUAUGCUAAUGUGGCCAUUAAUUUUAUGAAGACUAAAUCUUUUCUCAGAAGGGCUCCCAGAAUUAUCAGCUUCUUGGUAAAAGUCUACAUUUGUUUGUAAUUAGAAUGUUUAAAGGUUAGAGUUAUAAGCCACCUCAGUCUCAUCAUGACUUGUGAUAUCUUUAAUGCAUUUUAUUUUGUAAAUUGUCUAUCUUCUAAAAAUUUAUGGUAUGACCUUGCAGUAUGAUUGUGCUUGUGAAAAAGAACCUUAAAUAUUUAUAAGGGACCAUGGGUAAUUAAUAUAUAUUAAAUUUUUACUGUGUGUCACCAUCAAUGAAACAUAAAAUGUAAUGUACCAACUAGUGUGCUUUAUUUAUGCUGAAAAGAAUAAUGCUGUGUUAAUAUGGCAUUUGGUGUUUUACUGUCCAGCAUUUGUAAAUUAUCUGACACCAAGUUAAGCUGUAUUUAUUUACCCAGUGACUCUUGCACAUCUCUAUACUGGUACUAGUCUGGCAUUGUCCUAGGCAGUGGUGACACAAGGUAAAUAAGACAUAUUCCUCAUCCUCAGAGAACUUAAAUGUUAAUGAGGGAGAAUUUUAGAACAUUUUCAUACAUAGUAUCUAAUUUUAUUUCAUUGGCUGAAUGAAAACAUUGCAUUUUAAGAUUAAGAAGUAUAAAAAUGAAUUAAUGUGUGAUUCUUCAAUAAUUAUUAUAACCAACUUCUUUUUUCUUCUUUAAAAUGCCUCCAGUAAACUGAAAUUUCCAGUUUUGCUAAGUGGAAGUUAACAAAAGUUUGCUAAACUCCAGUGCUUUGUUAAAAUAGGUUGUGACUCACCAAAUUGUGUUUUCCCUGAGCAUAAACUGCUCCAAAAAUAUCUGUUAGAAUUUUAGACAUGUAUCAGGCAUUUACGGUACACAAAUCUUACUUCCCACAACUUAGAGACCACUUCUAAUUGUGAACUCUAAGCAGAAGCUUUCAUUUUAAAUUAAUCACUGGGAAGCAGUGUAUAGAGCAAUGGUGUCAAUGCUGAAAAACACUGUAUAUGAAGAAAACCUGGAAUAUACAAUCUGUAACAUCUUAAACAUCCUUAGCUGUGAAAAUGAUAAAAACAGAAGGCAAAAGGUAAGUGAGUAAUACAGAUGUGUUAUAGUAACUGCAGUAGUGGAAUGUUUCACAGAGAUUUGAAUAAAAUAAUUUUAAAACUACAGUAAAAGUUCGAUAUAAUCCAGUUUCUCUUAGUCCAGAAAUCCCUAGAAUUUAGCAAAUUGAAAGUUAUCCAGAAUAUUCCAGUGAUGCAGCAUUUUAGCUAGUUUGCCAGCUUCUCAUACAUUGUUUUGAUGUGGAUACAAAGUGAGGCCCAUUAAUCCAGAGUUGCCUCAGAUAUAAAAAGAACAUGAUGAUGAAAGCACUGAAUGUAACUUAAAGAACUGAUAUACUGUAUUUUAGGAGGAUGGAGAAAGGGGUGUUUUAAGAGAAUUCAAAUCCUCAUCUACCAUUGGGAACAUAAUAAUAAUAGCUGUCAUCUAUGAUCACUGUAUUUUAAGCAGGAUAUUAUUACACAUAGGGGAUUUUGCAUCAUUUAAUCCUUAGGGUAACCCUAUGUGGUAGGUUCUACUAUUGGUGUUUAUAGACAAGGAAACUGAGGCUAAAGAAGUUAUUUGCUGAAGGUCACAGAGCUAGUAAAACGUGGUGCUGGGAUUCAGAAUCAGACGACCUGUUGAAAACGGAUGGUUGACGAGACCAGAGUAUUACAGGUAGAACCACGGGGCUGUCUGCCGUAAGAGUGGCUGAAAGGACAGAAGAGGCUCUCGCUGGUGGGCGACCAGACGGCGGCGGGAGGAGGUCAGAGACGGGGCUACUGCUUGUGUCGUUUGGCUUCUUUUAAGUCUAUUAACACUUCAAGCUUUAAACUCUGGGCAUAAAUGACUAUGAUAACAAUAAUUCUUACAGCUAUGUUGAUACUAAGUUAACUAGUAUUCUGCUAAUUGACCACAGUACCUCAUACCUAUGCAAAGAAAAGAGAGAAAAGUACUGACUUUGUCCUUUGUUUCCAUGAUUCCAAGUCUCGUUUACAGUCUAUAAACAUCCAUUCCUAUUCUACCUUUUCACAUAAAGAUUAUGUAGAAGCAAGUUGGGCUAUAGUGGUCCCAUGAUACCGUGUAAGUGUGUAUAAGCUGAAGUUAUUGCAUUCAUAAUUAACAUAUUAUGCAAUUAGAAUUUAUUGCAUUAAAGCUGAAGCAAGUGUUUUUUCAUGUUUAGACAUCACUGUGUUACAAAGUUUAAUUCAUUAAGCUCUACCUUUCACUAUAACACAUGAUAAAAUGUUGUAUGUUUUGCAUUUAAAUAUUUACAUGUGGUCCUAUUCAGCCUGUGCCUUGUAAAUCUCAAAAGGGCUGAGUUGUAUAUAUUUAUUUUUCACUUACAGGUUGUCUGCUAAAAAUUAUGAAUUAUGUCCUGAUUGCUUAAGUUAUUUUUUUCCUUUAGAAUUUUUGGCACACUACAUUGUAAUUUCCAAAAAUAUAUGCAAUUACUCUUGAGAGUACUUAACGCAAAUACAUCCUGCAUGUAACUGGUACAUUAAAAUACUGUAGUAUUUUAACUGA